AUGCGUGCCAGCAAGGGUCCGGGGCUCGCCCUGAUGAACAGUCUCCCGCUUGCCAGCACUCUGACGUCAGCUGCUGGGAUCGCUGCCAGCGUGCAAGCCCCGACUCCGGAUCCCGCUGCCAUUGCAGCUCCUGUCGAGCGGCGGCGCGUCAACUCUUCCUGUAUCAGCUCUGUCGUCUCUGAACUGGCUCCUCCGACGAGCGGUCUCGGCUCUGACUUCCUCAGCUGGGUACGCAGUACGUCCGGCGACGCCUCGACGCCAGGCUGCAUAAUCACGGCGCCUGCAAGCGUCUCCUCUGAUUACUCGAGAUACCACUCCGAGUUUCAGGCCUAUCUCUCCACCAUCGCGUCCAAAGCUGGCGACAUCCGCACCGAUUGUGGUUUUGACGACUUGUCCCUCACCUUCUCACAGUUCUGCACCACAAGCCUCACUGUGCUCUUUACGAGCGGCACAGAGGAGACGAGGACAACGUAUCUGAGCUCUGUCAACAUUCCUCACGAGACAAUCGCCAUCGGUCAAAGUGUAGCGAACGGGACAAUGACUAUAGAGAAUCCCACGACCGCUCCAAAGCCCACAGGAACAAGCGCGAGCGGCUCGAAGGAGUACCCUAAAACGGCGCUGUUACUUGCCUUGGCCUUUGGGGUCGUGUGGAGCAUUACAUGA